CUGUCUAUAUUAAAACCCUAGUCUCAACAAACCCAGAUCCCUUAAACCCCAAACUCUCUCUCUCUCUCUCUCUCUCUCUCUCUCUCAAAGUCGCACUGUAGCUUCCAUAUUUUAUUGAGCAAUCUUUGUUUUGUUCUUGUUGGAGUUUUACUAGCUAGCUAUGGAGCUUCAGCUGGGUCUCGCUCUUCCAACCAAUAACAAUUUUCCAGUCAAAGGCGGCCUCGACUUGAACAUUAACGACUUUCUCUGCCACCCUACUAUUAGUGACGGCAGCAGCAACAAGAACAAGAAGCGUAGUUUCACCCAAGCUUUUGAGCCCAGCAAUGCCUCAGCAGCCGUGCCUCGAACGCUGCCUUGGUUGCUUUGGAACAACCAACCAAACGACGACGACGAAGAUGACACCAAACAUAGUUCUCGUUACACCAUUAUGAUCAAAAAUGAGGAAGAUGGACUGGUGGGUUGGCCGCCCAUUAAGUCAUGGAAGAAGGAGACUAGCUUUCACAUCCACGGCGACGGCGGUGGCCGUCGUUAUCGGACAGUUGGGAUUAAUGGCGGAAACUCUACAUUUGUGAAGGUGAAAAUGGAGGGAGUUGGAAUAGCAAGAAAGAUUAACUUGAGCCAACAUCAAAAUUUCCAAACACUCCUAAGAACCUUGAUGCACAUGUUUGACAAAUGUGAGAUAGAUUCAGACAAUUAUAAACUCACUUAUCAAGACAGGGAAGGAGACUGGCUUCUUGCUCAUGAUCAAGAUGUACCUUGGAGAACUUUCGUGCGGUCUGUGCAACGACUCAAAUUGCUUAAGAGGGGAGACUAGUGGAGGAUUAGAGGACUAUUUUGGGGGUCAUCAAAAUGGACUAUUUUGGUCUAGCAGUAGCUAGCUAGGUAGUACCUGGAUUGGAGGGACUGAUGUAUAAUAUAGUUUAUGUAGAGCAUUAUCCUAGCUAAUUAAUCAUCGGUUGUGUAACAUGUGGAUCAACCUUAGCCCACAAUAGGAACAUGUUUAUAUAUUUAUCUAAAUUUGCUUUCCUUGUUA